AUGGACGAGUCCGAGGAAGAUAUAGACCAAAUGUUCAGCACUUUGCUGGGGGAGAUGGAUCUUCUGACCCAGAGUUUGGGAGUAGACACUCUUCCUCCCCCUGACCCCAAACCACCCAGUGCUGAAUUUAACUACAGUGUGGGCUUCAAAGAUUUAAAUGAGUCCCUGCUUGCACUGGAGGACCAAGAUUUAGAUGCCCUCAUGGCGGAUCUGAUGGCAGACAUAAGCGAGGCUGAGCAGAUGACCCUACAGGCACCGAAGGAACCCACGGAGCAUCAGCGCCCCUCGGCCUCUGCGGGGGCUGCCAGGACUGUCAGCCGGGGUGAGGGUGCCCCACCCCUCCCAGCGGCCGACCUUCCACCACCUCCGCCACCCCCGAAGCCUCUUUCUCCCGAAGAAGAAGAAGCGCAAGCCAAAGCUGAUAAAAUUAAGCUGGCAUUGGAAAAACUGAAGGAGGCCAAGGUUAAGAAGCUCGUGGUCAAGGUGCACAUGAAUGACAACAGCACGAAGUCACUGAUGGUGGAUGAGCGGCAGUUGGCCCGCGAUAUUCUGGAGAAUCUGUUUGAAAAAACCCAUUGUGACUGCAAUGUCGAUUGGUGCCUUUAUGAAGUAUACCCAGAAUUACACAUCGAGAGGUUUUUGGAAGACCAUGAAAAUGUUGUUGAAAUCUUAACAGACUGGACAAGAGACACAGAAAAUAAAGUGCUAUUUCUGGAGAAGGAGGAAAAAUAUGAUGUAUUUAAAAACCCCCAGAAUUUCUACUUGGAUAACAAAGGAAGAGAAGCCAAGGAAACCAGUGAGAAAAUGAAUGCUAAAAACAAGGAAACCUUACUUGAGGAAAAUUUCUGUGGAACAUCCAUCAUCGUACCGGAACUUGAAGCAGCUCUUUAUUUGAAAGAAGAUGGAAAGAAAUCCUGGAAAAGGCGCUAUUUUCUUUUACGGGCUUCUGGGAUAUAUUAUGUACCCAAAGGAAAGACUAAGACAUCCCGAGAUUUAGCAUGCUUUAUUCAGUUUGCAAAUGUCAACGUUUACUAUGGGAUUCAGUGUAAAAUGAAAUACAAAGCACCCACCGACCACUGCUUUGUUUUAAAGCACCCUCAAAUUCAGAAGGAGUCUCAUUACAUUAAGUAUCUCUGCUGUGACGACGCGAGAACUCUCAAGCAAUGGGUCAUGGGAAUACGGAUCGCCAAGUAUGGAAGGACUCUCUACGACAACUAUCAGCGGGCUCUGGAGAGGGCUGGACUCGCCGCCCGCUGGACCAGCCUGGGCACGAACACAGCUCCGCCAGCUCCAGGCCCCAGCCAGCCAAAUGGUCAGAUCCCCCAGGCUUCCAUUCCUGGCAGUGCUAUCCACCAAGAGACCCAGGGACAUGUGGAAACAACAAAGGACCUGAAGCCGGACCUGAGCAGCCCGGACCCCGGCCCGGGCAGCCACGCCCGGAAGCCGGUGCUGCCGCCGCCGCCCCCGCUGCGCCGCUCUUCCGACCGGGGCGGCCCCCCGUCGCUGCCCCCCAAAACCCGGGCGGCCGCGGCCCCCGCCGCCCCGCGGCCGCCCUCGCCGCCGCCCCCGGAGGACCCGGAGCUGCCGCCGCCGCCGCCGCCCGAGCUCCUCGAGGCGCCCCCGGACUUCGUGCCGCCGCCGCCCGGCCCCGCCCCCGACGCCCCCCGGACGCCCAAGCCGCCGCCGCCCGGCCCGCCGCCGCCGCCGCCGCCCGGCCCCGCCCCGGACGCCCCCCGGCCGCCGCCCGGCCCCGCCGUGGCCAAACGCCCGCCCGUGCCCCCCCCCAAAUCCGAGAUCCUGCGGCCCCCCGGCGCGGCGGGGAGCGCGGAGCAGGACUUCAUGUCCGACCUGACCCGAGCCCUGCAGAAGAAGCGGGGACACCUGCUGUAG